UGCGGCGCCCACAUCCACUCCCGCACAAGCGGGGGCCGGCCCGUCGACGGCAGAAAACAGCCAAGGAGGGAGGGGUAGCCGGUCCAGACGGGCUCCACGGCCGGAGAGCAUGAAGAAACAUGUGCCUUGGACGUUGGAGGAGCGUAUCAUGCUGGCGAGCAUCUGCGGCAAGGACGAUGCUCUCAUGGCUGAUGCGAGCGGUGUGCAUAAGCACAAGACGAGGCAGGAGCGAUUCAAGUGGAUCUCCGUCCGCAUGCGUGGCGAGAACUUCUUCAGGAUAUCGGAAGACUGCAGGAAGAAAUGGAACUCUAUGAGGGACAUAGUUGCAUUGAUCAGGGACAAGUGUGAAAGAUCGGGUUCGGCCGGGUAUUUCAACAUGACGACGGAGGAGCGAAAGGAAAGGGAGGUGUGCACAACGUUUGAACGGCCUUUGUGGGAUGCUAUGGAGUGGUGGCGCCUGAAGGCGUCCGCCACAUGUGACAACACCUUAGCGUCUAAGGAGCUCGGGGGAAGUGGUUUUGGGCAGGGUUGCGAGGGGGGAUGCACGGAUGCAUUGGACGGCGGGGCGAAGACACGCAGGACAUCCUCCGGUAGAGCACGCAGCGAGGCGACGACAUCUAAUGUCGGAAUGACGACAGCGAUGGCGGAUUCCACGACAAAGCUAUGCGAUGGACUGGACAGAGCGUCGUCAGCAUUGGCACGUGCAACAGCUGAAAGCGCAGCAAUGGUUUAAUCCCGGAUGGGUGACAUGGCGGUCCAAAUCGGCGCUGUUGCUGGCGCCAUGCAGGAGGGGAACAUGGUCCUUCAAAGUCUCG